AUGGGGCUGUGUUCUCACCUUUCAAAUCCUAUUCCUCAAAAAUCCGGUCACCAAUCGCUGAGGUGGAUUAACAAAUUGAAGAUCCCUGUACCAACAGUCGGGACCAGCCCAGCUGAAAUCGAAAAUUCAACAAGAGCUGAAAUCAAGAGUAGCUGGUCGCCGAUGAAUUUUGCGAUGCCGUGGGCACAUCAAAUGGCUAACUUUUACCCGUCUGAUAGGGGCAAAGACCUGCAGACAUUCAAGCCCGUGAGCUCCUCGGAGCGCAAUGUCUGGGCAUUUUGGAAUCGUGGGCUCGCCAAUUGCCCGCAAUGGUGCCAGAGAAAUGUCAUCAUUUGGGUUCGGCGUCUCGGUCCGGCGUGGACGGUGCGGGUCCUUGACCUUGUCGAAGGUUCUCCGACACAUGCCCUGAAAUACUUGCCCUCCUCUUUCCUCGCAGACGCGGUUAUUAACCAGAAAAUGACGGGUACACACGUGGGGCCACAUAGCGGUGAUCUUGUCCGACUUCCACUCGUUUACCUCUAUGGCGGAGUCUGGAUGGAUGUUGGAACAUUCCUGUUCAAAAGCCUUGACACCCUUUGCUGGAAUCUGUUAGAAGACCCGAACCCGCCGUUUGAAAUGGCCGGUUAUGGCUUUCCUAUGGGCCCGGAGUCUUCGAUUUUCUACAACGGAUUUAUUGCCGGUCAAAAGGGCAGUUUAUGCAUUAAAUAUUGGCACAAUAUCUUUCUCGAGGUUUGGAAGGCAGUGACCAAUUGCGAUUCCAUGCGCAAUCAUCCAUUAUUACAACACUUGCCGAAAUAUCAAACACCUCAAGGACCUACUACUGGUUGGGAUGGGCCUGAAUUCUUCGAAAACAAGGCCCUUAUCCUUGACGGGGUUAGGGAUGUCUAUUGGGCUCAGAUUCUGACUAACUGGGACGGCCGCAAGCAGUUCGAGCUGCUGUCAACAUUCCGAGAGGGUGCUUCUCCGGACGAUGAACAGUAUCAAGAAGCAGAUGCGUUUGUCAAAAGCGUUCUAGAAAUGUGUUCGAUCCUGAAAGCAUCCCAUGGGCUUUUUGUGCAUGGGAGAGAGUACCUGGCUACGAUUUGGGGUCAGCCAGAGAACUGUGAUGCCGACCGCAAGCCAGGAACGUUCGCAGCGUAUCUACGAUGGGCAUCGGAGCAUUUUGAGCAGUCCAGGGAAGUGCCACUUACAACAAUGACCAUUGUCAAAGACGCCCUUCUUGUUGGAGGGAUCACCGACGGGAUAGGAGAGACACAUCCAGACCGUGCUCUGGAUCUUUGA